UAAGAUCCUAGCAUACAUAUGUUGGGGAUAUGUUAAAAGAAAUUCUAAUAUGUUCAGCGCUUUUUUAGCGCUAGAUGAAAGAAACUCUGUCCGCAGAUAAAAAAACGUUAUACACGAGAAAAAUAGGUUUCUCCCGCCUAAUUUUUUUUACAUUAGAUAUACUAAAAUUUUAUUUUAAUCCUAACUGUUGGAUAAGUGUUCCCCAAUGUCUUUGAACAUGUCCCCAUCAUACGAUGGACCCAAAUUAUAAUCAAUCCAUGCUGUAAUAACUCCGAAAACUCUUAUAACUCCAAAAUUGGUGAUUCUUUCCUAUCACGACACUGACACUACCGAGUUUAUAUAUCACAAGUUAGGGUUUGGGAUUUUAGUUUAUUGCAAACAACGAUUUAAGGUUUUAUUUGAGGAAUGGCGAAUAAUGAUGAUAUAGCAGUUGGAAUCGACUUGGGCACAACAUACUCAUGCGUUGGUGUUUGGCAGCACAAUCGAGUUGAAAUCAUCGCCAAUGAUCUUGGUAACCGGACCACACCUUCAUGCAUUGCUUUCACCAAAACCCAGCGUUUCAUCGGCGAAGCUGCUGCACAUCAGGCUGCUCUCAAUCCUGUCAACACCAUCUUUGAUGUUAAGAGGUUAAUCGGAAGAAGAUUUACAGAUUCUACUGUACAAAAUGACUUAAAGCUCUGGCCUUUUAAGGUAACUAGUGAUCAUACUCAGAGACCUAAGGUGGUUGUCGAUUACAAGGGUGUGGAGAAACAGUUCUCGCCUGAGGAGUUGUCUUCAAUGGUCCUCUUUAAGAUGAAGGAAAUUGCUGAAAACUACUUGGGAAAGAGCAUAGAGAAUGUUGUUGUGACUAUUCCUGCACACUUUAGUGACUCACAGCGCCAGGCUACGAAAGAUGCAGCGACAAUAGCUGGCCUUAAUGUUUUGCGUAUUCUUGUUGAACCAACAGCUGCUGCUGUUGCUUAUGGUCUUGACAAAGAGCUUACAAGUAGAUCAGCAAGGGAGAAAAUUGUCCUUAUUUUUGAUCUUGGUGGUGGUACUUUUGAUGUUUCUCUUCUAAAUAUCAAAAAUGGUAGGUUUGAAGUACUGGCUACUGCAGGUGAUACUCACCUUGGAGGUGAGGACUUUGACAAUCGUUUGGUGAACCAUUUAGUAGAUGAAUUUAAGAUGAAGCACGGAAAGGAUAUUAGUCAAAAUGCUAAAUCUUUAAGAAGAUUGAGAAACGCUUGUGAAAAGGCAAAGAGGUUUCUCUCUCAAAAUGUCGUUGCAACUAUUAAUGUUGAUUAUUUGUACGAGGGAGAGGAUUUUUCUUCAGAUAUCACGCGUGCCAGAUUCGAGGAUUUGAACUUGGAUCUGUUUAAAAGUUGUUUGGAGACGGUGGCAAAGUGUCUGAAAGAUGCGAAGAUGGACAAAAGCAGAGUGGAUGAUGUGGUUCUAGUCGGUGGAUCAAGUAGGAUUCCUAAAGUUCAGCAGCUAUUGCAAGAAUUUUUUGAUGGGAAACCACUCUGCAGGAGUAUCAAUCCCGACGAGGCUGUUGCUUAUGGUGCAGCUGUCCAAGCUGCUGUUCUUAAUGGUGCAGGAAAUCAUCAUAUUAGGGAUUUAGUAUUGCUUGAUGUCACUCCGUUGUCACUUGGGGUUCAGCUCCUUGGUAAAAAAAUGAGUAUUGUUAUUCCAAGGAACACAAGAAUUCCCGCCAGCAAAGAAAUGACAUACUAUACAAGCGAGGAUGAUCAGAUUUCUGUUUGGUUUCCAGUUUAUGAGGGUGAGAGAACACGGUCAACAGAUAACAACUUACUGGGUGAGAUAACUCUUUGUGGCCUCCCUCCUGCCCCGAGGGGUGAAGUUGAAGUCGUGAUCAGAUUCAACAUUGAUGCGAACGGGGUGUUACAUGUUACUGCUGUGUGUAAGGUAUCUGGGGUGAAGACUGAUACGACAAUAACCGGUGACAAAAGAAGACAUUCAAAGGAUGAGAUUGACAUGAUGAUACAAGAAGCGCGGAUGUAUAGGGCUGAGGAUGAGAAUUUUAAAAAGAACAUACAAGCAAUGAACGACUUUGAAGAUUAUGCGUAUAACAUGAGAAGUGCUAUCAAAGAUAAACGGAUGGAGGGGAGGAAAGAGAGAGCUAUUGAGGAGGCAAUCGUAUGGGUUAAAGCUAACAGGAGUGCUGAAGCUAACGAGUAUGAGGCCAAGAAGCAGGAACUGAGAGCUAUAUGCAGUUCAAGAUUCGGGUAUUUCAUUGCAAAUUUAAAAUUGCCAGUUUAAAAAUAGUUUUUGCUGCCUAGGUGUGAUUGUUUUUUAGAAGCUCUUCAG